UGGAACACAUUUGGCGCAAAAACACCAUUCAUAUUAUUCUCUCUCUCUCUCUCUCUCUCUAAACUCUCUCUCAUCAAAAAGACAGUUUCUUCUUUCUUUCUUCAAGUAAAGAAAACGAAUUAGAUGCCACUUCUCCGUUACAAGAUUUCCUAUUAACCCAACUCAAAUCCCAUUUUCAAACUCUUUUUAAACUCAUUUGUUGUUGCUUCAUCUUCAAAAGAAAACAAUCAUUGAAAUGGGGUCAUUGUCUGGUCAGUACGAUCUCUCAUUCAAGAUCUUGUUGAUCGGUGAUUCUGGUGUCGGGAAAAGUAGUCUUCUCGUCAGUUUUAUUUCGGAUUCUGCUGAAGAUAUUGCACCCACUAUCGGUGUUGACUUCAAAAUCAAGCAGCUUACAGUUAGUGGAAAAAGAAUAAAACUUACAAUUUGGGACACUGCGGGACAAGAACGAUUCAGGACAUUGACAAGUUCUUACUACCGGGGCGCCCAAGGGAUUAUUCUAGUGUAUGAUGUUACAAGAAGAGAAACCUUCUCAAACUUGAAAGAAAUAUGGGCUAAAGAAGUUGAUUUAUACUCCACUAAUCCAGACUGUGUGAAGAUGCUUGUUGGAAACAAAGUUGACAAAGACACUGAAAGAUUUGUGAGCAGGGAAGAAGGCAUUGCUCUUGCCAAAGAGCUCAAAUGUUUAUUUCUUGAAUGUAGCGCGAGAACUCGGGAAAAUGUACACCAAUGUUUUGAAGAGCUUGCAUUAAAGAUAAUGGAGGCUCCUAGUCUGCUAGAAGAAGGAUCUAACGUAGUGAAAAGAAACAUAUUGAAGCAGAAACCGGAGAACCCUCCAACCGAUGGCUGUUGCUCAUAGAACAUCUACUAGUUUAUGUAAAGUUGUUUGCAUUUCUUUUAAAUGUAUGUUUAUGUAUAUCCUCAUGCUUAUUUGUGGUUUGAUAUAUCAUAUCAAUAGAAAAUAAAAAAAAAGGUGUGCUACUUGGAGGUUUUAAAUGUUUACAGGGUUUUACAAGUAAUGAGAAAGGGUUGUGUUUUUUAUUU